AUGAAGAAUCUUGCCUUACUCUUGCCUCUACUGGGGCUUAUCCAGCCUCUGUCCGCAUUGACGCUGCACGAGAGCAGUCAACCAGCCACCCUGCAAUACACUGUCGAACGGCGGCAUAACACGAUCCGAGCAUCUCACAAACGCGCUGCCACCGUCGAGUCGGAUAUUGGCAACAAGGUAGGUGCAGAAGUUGAUUACGUCAUCAACCUCUCUCUGGGGACCCCCGGCCAAAACGUCUCGGUCAUCAUCGACACCGGAAGCAGUGAUCUCUGGGUCAAUGCAGCCAACGGUUCCGAUCCCAACGCCAACAGCACCUACGGCACUUAUGACGCUUCCUCCUCCUCCACCUACAAGUACAUCAACGAUGAAUUCAUCAUCCAAUACGUGGACGGUAGCGAAGCCGCCGGUGACUACGUGAACGACACCCUCAAAGUAGGAAAUGCCACCUUGACGAAUUUUCAGUUCGGGGUCGCCAGCAACAGCACCAGCAGUCAGGGAGUUCUGGGCAUCGGCUACACCCUGGGGGAGACCUCCUCCCAAUUCGGCGGUGGAGAAUAUCCCAACCUACCCAAGGCAUUAGUCAAUCAGGGCUACAUCAAAUCCGCCGCGUACAGUCUCUGGUUAGAUGACGUCGACGCGAAAGAAGGCACCAUCCUGUUUGGUGGUGUCAACACGGCUAAAUAUACCGGCAGCCUACACACCCUGGCGAUCGAGAAAGUGAACGGCGUGUACAGCACCCUGGUCGUCAGUCUCGCCGGCGUGCACGUCACCGGCACCGACAGCAGCAGCAUCAACAACACCGCUUUCCCCGUCUUGGGUGUCCUCGACAGCGGCACUUCCCUGACUUACCUGCCCGCCACCCCCGCUCUGGAGCUGAUCGAGGCCGUGGGCGCCGAGUACAUCGAGCGGGCCGGCUAUGCGAUUGUCGACUGCGACGUCGCCGAUAAAGACUAUGAGAUUGUCUUUGAGUUCUCCGGCUUCAAUCUCUCCGUGAGCGUGGGCGACCUGCUUCUGGACGAGGGCUCCUACUGCGUCUUCGGCAUUGUGCCUCAAGACGAUGAAGACGACGGAGAGUAUGUGCUCGGCGAUACCUUUCUGCGCAGUGCCUAUGUUGUCUACGAUCUGGAGAACAACGAGGUCGCCAUUGCCAAGACCAACACCGACCCUGGCACCGAUCACAUCCUCGAAAUCGGCUCGGGCAGCUCUGGUAUCCCCAAUGCGACGGGGGUCUCGUCCUCGUCCUCGUCGGAUGGUUCCUCGAAGGAGAGUGCGGCGGUGGUACUCCGACUCGAUGUUUCCCUCCUUUGCGCGGCAAUCAUUGGGAGUCUCCUACUCAUCUCUUAA